UCAAAGAUGAUCAACGCAUCAAAACUUGAGUAUGUGCUUCUGCUUUCACAUUUAACACUGUUAUGCAUCUUCAUGUGCAGAGCACCCUUGGCGGAGGAUGAACCACGAUACCAAAACCUACGUGGCCCAGUUCACCGGGCCGGCCCAAUUUUUAAACCCAUCGCAUCCAUUGGAUUUUCUUCAGUUCUUCUUCCUCCUCUGUAACGUUUUUUCUGACUGCAUCAGACACCAUAGCCACCGCACAGUGUGGUUGUGUAUGGUUUGUAAAUGAAAAAAUCCCAAUCCCUGUUCCUUCUUCUGCAACAUCAGAAUCGCAAACCCUUCUCUUCCACUGCUCCUUUCCCUCACGAAACUUCUCUCCCCUCUCAAAUCUUCCUCAUUCUCACUCGCCCCCAAUGGCGAAAAGACCCUUCCCUUGAUUCCCUAAUCCCUGCCCUAACCCCUUCCCUUCUCUCCUCUCUCUUCAAUCUCAACCCCGACCCUCUCACCGCCCUAAAUUUCUUCCGAUGGAUCCGCCACAAACACUCCUUCGUCCACACCCUCCGCACCUACGAGUCCCUCCUCCUUAUCCUCGUUCGACACGGAACCCUUCGUGCCGCCGAGAAUGUCCGCAACUCUAUGAUCAAGUGCUGCGCCUCCGCACACGACGCCAGGUUUGUGCUGAAUCUCCUCCGCCGAAUGAACACCGCCCCCGAGGGUCACCAACUCUCGUUUAAGCUCUCUCUCACUUCCUAUAAUAGACUCCUCAUGUGCUUGUCUCGUUUUUCUAUGUUUGAUGAAAUGAUAAGUUUGUAUAAGGAGAUGUUGGAUGGUAACGGGGAUGACGGUGGUAAUGGAAAUGGUGAUGUUUUCCCUAACCUGAUCACGUUGAACACCAUGUUGAAUUCUUAUUGCAAACUGGGGAACAUGUCUGUGGCAAGACUGUUUUUGACUAGGUUGUUAAAAUGUGGGUUUUCUCCCGAUUCGUUUACGUAUGCUUCCUUGAUAUUGGGUUAUUGUAGAAACAAUGCUGUAGAGAGAGCUUAUAGAGUGUUUCGGAUUAUGCCGCAGGGGAGGAAUGCAGUUCCAUAUACUAAUCUUAUACACGGGCUUUGUGAAGCUGGGCGGCUUGAUGAUGCUCUUACCUUGUGGUCGCAGAUGAGGGAGGAUGGUUGUUUUCCCACGGUUCGGACUUAUACUGUUCUCAUCGGAGCAUUGUGCGAGUCCGGGAAGGAGGUGGAGGCUUUGAGUCUUUUUGGCGAGAUGGUGGAAAGAGGAUGUGAGCCUAAUGUUUAUACUUACACUGUUUUGAUUGAUUAUUUUUGCAAGCAGAGUCGGAUGGAGGAGGCGGUGGGGAUGUUAAACCAAAUGGUGGAGAAAGGCAUGGCUCCUAGUAUUGUCUCGUACAAUGCCUUGAUUGGUGGUUAUUGUAAACGGGGGAUGAUGGAGGAAGCUAUGGGGGUUUUGGGUCUGAUGGAGUCAAAGAAAGUUUGUCCCAAUGUGCAGACGUAUAAUGAGUUGAUUUGUGGUUUUUGUGAGGGUAAAAGUAUGGAUAGGGCAAUGGCUCUACUUAAUAAAAUGCUUGAGAAUAAAUUGUCACCAAAUGUUAUUACAUAUAACACAUUAAUACAUGGGCUGUGUAAAACAGGAGUUGUAGAUAGUGCAUCUCGCUUGUUUCAUUUGAUGAUUAAAGAUGGCUUCAGUCCGGAUGAGUGGACUUUUAGUGCUUUUAUAGGAUCUCUCUGUAGAAUGGGCAGGGUUGAAGAAGCUAAUCAGACCUUAGAGUCCCUCAAGGAAAAAAAUGUCAAAGUAAAUGUUCAUUUGUACACAGCUUUGCUUGAGGGAUACUGCAAAAAUGGGAAAGUUGAAGAUGCCCUAUUAUUGUUCAAAAGGAUGCUUGCAGAGGACUGUUUGCCUAACGCAGUCAUGUUCAAUGUAUUGAUAGAUGGCUUACGCAAAGAGGGUAAAAGGCAAGAUGCAAUGUUGUUGGUGGAAGACAUGAGAAAGUUUGGUGUGAAGCCCACUCUUCAUACGUAUACCAUUCUUAUUGAGGAAGAAUUGAAGGAAUUUGACUUUGGCCGAGCUAAUGAAAUUCUCAACCAAAUCAUUUCUUCUGGAUAUCAGCCUAAUGUGGUCACGUAUACUGCAUUUAUCAAGGCAUAUUGUAGCCAAGGAAGAUUAGAGGAGGCUGAAGAGAUGGUGGUCAAGAUUAAAAAUGAAGGCAUAUUGCUUGACCCCUUUAUCUAUAAUUUAUUAAUUAAUGCAUAUGGAUGCAUGGGACAACUUGAUAGAGCAUUUGGUGUUCUCAAACGCAUGUUUGAUACUGGCUCCGAGCCUUCUUAUCAAACAUACUUCAUUCUAAUGAAGCAUCUAAUCAUUGAAAAACAUAAGGAAGGUAGCAAUCAUGUGGGGCUUGAUUUAAGUAAUGUAUCUUUUAACAAUGCAGAUAUAUGGAAUAAAAUUGAUUUUAAAAUCACUACCAUGCUCUUUGAGAAAAUGGCAGUAUGUGGCUGUGUGCCCAAUCUUAACACUUACAGCAAGCUUAUUAGAGGAUUUUGCAGAGUAGGACGUUUGGACAUAGCCUUCAGUUUGUAUCAUGAUAUGAGGGGAAGUGAAAUCUCUCCCUCUGAAAGUAUUCAUAAUUCUCUUCUUAGCAGUUGUUGCAAGUUGGGAAUGUUUGUGGAAGCAGUGACACUGUUAGAUUCUAUGAUGGAAUGUGGUCAUUUAGCACAUCUGGAAUCAUAUAAGCUUCUUAUUUGUGGGCUGUUUGAACAAAUGGACAAAGAAAAGGCUGAAGCAGUUUUUCAUAGUUUACUACGUUGUGGGUAUAAUUAUGAUGAAGUGGCUUGGAAAAUUCUAAUUGAUGGCUUCGCUAGGAAUGGAUAUGUUGAUCAAUGCACAGAAUUGCUGAGCAUUAUGAAGAAGAAUGGCUGCCAUUUACAUUCUGGGACAUGCUCUAUGUUAACGCAGGAACUGAAAAGAGUUGAAGAAAAUGAUUGUUAAUUUUUCCCUGGAAUGGAACGGUUACAUUUCUUUUUAUAAAUAUCACCUAAUGUCUCUGCAAUACACUUUGGUGCUUUAUUUUUGUGUUGAUAAACUAUUGAAUUCUGCGAGUGGAUAUUUGCUUGUCUGCUCUGGUGCUGCAAGUGGAUAACUAUUGGAUGUUGGUAACCGUCUUAUCCUUUAUAUUGCAGUGCUUUGUGACAUACCUGACAAAGAUGAGACCAAGCCUACACCAAAAGCAACUGCACCUGUACCCUUUUUUGAAGGUACUGAUUGUUGCCCCUUCUAUUUUUUCACAGGUUUUCUAUUGUACUUCCUGAGCUUUAAUUUCAGGAUCAAGUUCCAGUAAAAAAUCUGUUGGUAAGAGGCGUGGAAAUGUAAUCUGGAAAAUUUAAUUUAUUCCAGUGAAUUAGGCUGAUUUACGUUUCUUAGAAUUAGGUAGAUUAAUGUGAUUUUUUAUUUUUAUAAUUUAUUCCCUUUUUUUCUCAAUUCGGUGAGAUGAAGAUGUCUGUAAAUAAGUACCAUAUGUAAUAUCUCUAAACACAAGUCAGAAAUACAACUUAGAUUUUUUUCCUUUCCUUUCAAUUCUUUCUUUUUGCAUGCAUUGGAGGGGUACCAUGUACUGUGACCUGUUCCAUCUCCACUUAACUGCUGAGCUCCCUGCUCAUGCCCUUAUCAUCUCUUCUAUGCAGCUGUUUUGUUUUGUUAAUUGAUGGACAUUUGCUACUCUUUGGCUCUAGCUGUUUUGUUCUAACCUCGUUCGGUCUUUGGAUCUCUCGCAAAAUUCCACAUGUUUGGCUGCUACUCAGUUUCUGUCUGAUAUAACUACAUUUGGCUCCUUUAUUGUACCCUAUUUUUACUGGCUUCCUUGCAGCAUGGUAUCCUUUUCCACUGUCUUAAUUGCAGCAUUUAUCACCUUCAUAGGCUGUCUACAUUGUAGGCAUUUAGCUGCAGUCUUCAGUGUUGUUUCACCUCUGAUAAAAAAGAAAACAUUGUUAGAAGAUUCAGGAAAAAAUUUCCAGUGAGAGGUAGACUGGUUUCCUUGUAUUUGAAUAAUUUUCAUUGUCUUCUAUACUCUAUUAGUUGAUAUGAAGAAAUUUGUAAAGGCCA